GCCGGACAGCCUUGCAGCUACGGACUAUGGUAAUUGAUAAUCGAAAACAAGAAGAAUGAGAAAGGUCACCUACCUAACCUCACAUAAUGUAAUCAAUUUUUUACUAAAAACCUUUGAUAAUCUUGUUAAAAUGAGGAAAUUGAAGAAUCGAACUUGAUAAAAUCCAAACAAUGAACUACACGAAUGUCCAGAGAGUGAGAGUUUUGUACAAAACCAUCCUGAAACUUCACAGAGGUCUACCACAAGAGCUCCAACUGUUAGGGACAAACUAUGUUAGAGACGAAUUCAAAAGACACAAAACGUGUGGUGAGAAUGAAGCCCGAAUAUUUAUGAGCGAAUGGUCGAAUUAUGCUUUAACUCUUGCUGAACAAUUGGGCCUGAGAGGUCCUAGCACUGGAACAGACAAACUAGGUGCACCUCUGUCCCCAACAGAACUAGAAAAUUUUCGAGAUGAACAAAUCUAUCAAUUGCAUGACCUCAUGGUUGAAGCAGCAAAACCAAGGAAGGAGGAAUAAGCACCAGACAAGUAAACAUCACCAAUAAAUCAUUGCAAUUGUCACCAAAGGUUGUUCAUUUAUACCAAAUAGUAGAUUUUAAUAUAUUUGAAGUGUAUAUUG